AUGGUAAUGCUGAUUGCCGACUACCUGGAAACCCUUCCUACGGAGGUCAAGCACAUAUGGUUCGGGGAGAUGAGCAAGAUCAAAAUAGCCUAUUUCGUAACACGCUACUCGAUAUUCUUGCACUACAUCCUCACCUUCGUUUACUACGGGUCGAAGGACCUGACAAUUCCUCAAUGUCACGCCUGGUUCGGCGCGAGCAUAAUCGUGCUCGUCGCAAACGCCGCCUUCUCCGAAGGUGAAUUCCAACAUCACCCAUUCCAACGGUGCCUUGAUACCCUUCCCAAAAGCACUGCUCUACCUUCAAGUAUACGCCAUUUCCGGAAGGAGGAGAUGGUUGGGAAUAUACCUAAUCUUUCAAUGCGUGCCUACGCUAUCAAAUUCGGCCUCCUAGCUCGAUACCUGCAGAAAACCGUGAUAAUCACGAUUAACCUUCCAGGGAUGCACUGCACUCCAAUCAACUUCCCGCAGACCUCGCGGUACACAGCGGCACUAUUCAUAGUUCAGAUCCUGGCACUGGCAAUCCUAAUUGGAAUCACAUUUUGGAUCCUCCGUUCCAGCUACAAGGGUGUAGGGAACUCCUUGCUGGUCGUCCUCAUUCGAAACGGGAUGAUAUAUGUAGCUAUAAUCGUCGUCCUCGGAAUAAUAACCGCAGCCAUCAACUACUACUCCGAUAGCAGCUCGCUCAUAUCAAAUUUCCAAGGUGCAGCCCACCCCCUCUUAUCCACUCGCUUGAUACUGCACCUGCGCGAGAGGGGUCAGAAGCAAUUAGAAUCGACAGACUCUCAAGACAUAAACAACAGAGUCCGGGAGAAACUGGAAACCCUCAAAUUCGCCAAGCAGCCGACUACAGUCUGCUCAGGAUCUGCUGUAGCAUCGGGGGAGAGGACGGCAGAUACUAAUAAUGAUAAUACUACUCGCCCCCCUGUGUAG